UUUUAACAGUCUUUAAAGAAGUGACCGAAGUUGCAGCUGACAGCAGCAGAGAGCGGGGUCAUGGAGCCACAGCAGAUCAGAGAGGGAUACCUGGUGAAAAAGGGUACACUGCUAAACUCCUGGAAGGCUGUGUGGGCUGUGCUGUCAGAAGAUGGGGUGGAAUUCUAUAAAAAGAAAACAGACCGCUCUCCGAAAGGAAUGAUCCCACUGAAGGGAGCCACGCUCAUCAGUCCUUGCCAGGAUUUUGGCAAGAGGACGCUGGUGUUCAAGAUUACCACAGACAAGAAGCAGGAUCACUUCUUCCAAGCUUCACAUGUGGAGGAGAGAGAGUUAUGGGUCAAGGACAUCAAGAGAGCCAUCACCUGCCUGGAUGGGGGAAGAAAGUUUGCCAGGAAGUCCACGAGACGCUCCAUUCGCCUGCCUGAGACAGUCAACCUCGCUGAACUGUACGCACUGAUGAAGGACCAAGAUGAUGGAGUAAAAGAGUUAAAACUGGAGCAGGAGAAUCGAGUCUUCAAUCACUGCUUCACCGGUGCGACGGUAAUCGAGUGGCUGAUUUCAAAAGAGAAAGUGAGAAACAGGCCUGAGGCCAUCAUGUUAGCAACAGGGCUCCUGAAUGAGGGUUUCCUCCAGCCUGCAGGUGACCUGUCAAAAGAUGGAGCAGAGAGUGUAGAGCAGACAGCCUUCUUAGAUCAGACACUUGCUCUUUAUUACUUUGCAGACAGCGGGUUCUUCUGUGAAGGCUACUCCAGUGAUGAAGACGUGCUUCUGAAGGAGGAAUUCAGAGGAAACAUUGUGAAACAGGGCUGUUUGCUGAAACAGGGACAUAAGAGGAAAAACUGGAAGGUGCGAAAGUUCAUUCUAAGAGACGACCCUGCUUAUAUGCAUUAUUAUGAUCCUACAAAGGGUGAUGACCCUCUGGGCUCCAUCCAUCUCCGUGGGUCUGUGGUUACAGCCGUGGAGUACGUGCCUGACGCCAAAAAAUACGACAUUGACGGCAACCUCUUUGAGAUCAUCACCUCAGAUGAGACUCACUACUUCCUCCAAGCUGCUACAGCUGAAGAAAGAAAGGAGUGGAUCAAAGCAAUACAGGCAGUGUCAAAAAGUGGGAAAUAACAGGAGCGGUGGGGCAGCUACGGUUAAAGCUAUUGAUUGUAAAAUCCCACGUUUCAUUAGAUUUAACAGUGUACCAGUAAAGUAUAACUGAAUGAUCAUACGGCAGUGCUGUGUCAUUCUAGAGCAAAUUUCAACCCACUCACCAGAAAGAAAACGCUUGUAUUGCACUGUACAUUUCUGCAAACCACAAAUACAUUAAUACUUUACAUUUCUUGUGAGGGUGUGGUUAGGUGUAGGCACAAAAAUCACUUGGUUAUGGUUAGUAAAUGGUCAUACUUUGGCUUUAAACACCUAUGUUUGGUGGCACAAAGGCCACGAAAAAGCAGGGUGUCACUAAAAUCACCCAGGUUUGGUACAAAACACCUGCGACACGGCGAAUGGUCACCAAAAAAAUAAGCAUUGCUUGUUUUUCAAACAGCGGUCUGCAGCUUGGCAGGCAUCUCACUUUAGAAAUACAGUAUGCACGACACAUGCAAAUGUACCAAAUUUGUGGUUUGCAGAAUGGCACAAGUGCUGCAAGUUUCACUCCUCUACACUAUCAAAACAUAUAUCAGAUCAUGCGGAUUAUCUGGAAUGGUGUGCAAUGACUUUUUUUUUAAGAGAUUUUCCAAGCUUUUAUUUACGAAGUUCGCAAAAAAAAACGUAAAAACUUUACAAUGGGUUUCUAUGGGACAGAGCUAGAGUGUGUGAUGUCAUUGCUAGAGUGUGGAUUGUCCUAAAAACUUCUCAACAAAUUGCUCUCAUUGCCACAAUUUUCACUCUACAUACAUAAGGUAUACAUCAAAACGUAGGAAAAUGUGUGCUGGUCGCAGAAAUGUGAUAAAGGAAUCACACAAGCUUACACAUUUGGCUCAGUGAGCCUCUAAGCAGAGAAAGAGCCAUUUUUUUCCCAUUCAUCUCUGUAUAGCCUAAACUGGUAUGAGAAAUUUCUUGAAAAGAGCUGGGGCACCAGUUUUCUAACCUGCAACCAUGAUCCCAGUUUUGACAUCAACUAAUGCUGUGAUGUUUCUAUGCAGUAUGUGCUGUAACUAAUUAAAGAGAAAUAAAUGUCAUACUAUCUGAA